AUGCUGGGUAAAGUGCCCAUAGAUACUGAGGAUGCUAUUAUCUACCAGGCAUUAGGAACUGUAAAAAUCUUACCCCCGGAAGUUGGUAUUGUGGGUGAAGUUGGCCCCUGGCCUGUGUUUCUGCCUGGGAAUGUCCCAGAGGAGGAGACCACUGAAGCUGUGAGCUCUGACUUUGCAGCUAAAUUGAAUGUUUUUCUGCAAAAAGAGGGAAAGUCAGUGGAAGAUGUGAGGACCAUUGUUACUCCAGCAUCUAUGCCAUCAGCUGUCACAAAUGAAGGUCUGAUAGCUGCUUUAGGAAAAAUGGAACGAUCUACCCCUCCCUCCUAUGAAGGAGUUGGAUAUCGGAAGCUGAGAUUUUUCUCUGGGAUUCAUCCUACCCCUGUUGGAGAGGAUGACUUUGAAUCUUGGAUGGACCAAGCCGCCCAGAUGGAGGAAUGGCAAUGUUCAGAUACUAUGAAACGGCAACGACUAGCUGAAAGUCUGAGGGGACCAGCCUCUGAUGUCAUUAGAUCUUUAAGAAUGAGUAAACCCUCUGCUGGUGCUAUGGAGUAUCUCCAUGCUUUGGAUGAUAUAUAUGGGACUACGGAGCACGGAGAAGAUUUGUAUCUGUGUUUUCACACCACCUAUCAAGAAGAGGAUGAGAAACUGUCGCUCCUACAUAAGGUACUGGUAAAGAAGGGGAUACUUGCUAGCCGCUUGGAUCAGGUGAGAAUGGAACAAAUACUGAAAGGUGCUUGUUCUGGCAACCUAAUAGAAGCUGCAGCUUUCUGA